AUGAACCUGAUGUCCCAGUCUAGGAUGCUGCAGGGUCCACAUGUCCUGGGUCAUGACAAGCCUCUGAUCAGGCUAUCAUUCACCUCCUGUGUUGUGGGCACCGUCUGUCUGCCGCUGCUUGGCUUAAUUACCUGCAUCUUCAUCUCCUCCGUUUUCCAUUUCCAGGACUCCACUGACACUCAUUGCAAGGUAAUCAACCCUGUCCCUGUUAUUAAAAACGUAGCAAUGCAAAUAAAUGGUCUGACUUUCUUUUUUGGUUUGGUUUUAGGUUCCCAAUUAUCUGCCCUCUAUCAGUGCCUCCAUAAGCCUGAGCCCAGAGUGCCAUAUCUGGCGCUUCUGCAUUGGCCUGCACUCUGCUCCGAGGUUCCUGGUGGCCGUGGCCUAUUUUAACUUCUACAAGGGCCGCUUCUCCACAAGGUUCACAGAGUGGCUGCUCAGCUGCCUCAACUUCAUGUGUGCCAUCACUGAGAACUUUGGCCUCUUGCUGCUCACCUACGUGUCAUCCAUUGAAACAUACCGUGAGUGACCUUUGACAAUUAUUCAGCUGGGUAUAAGUAGGCAUAAGGCCUGCCCUACAGCAUACUAUACUGCUCAUUUACAUGGAUUAAUAUGCUGCACGAUACAAAAUUAUGAUUUUGAACAAAUGACUGAAUUUCGUUCGCCUGUUUCUUGCAGUUAUAAAUAAGGCCCUGAGUUUUUCCGGAUACAUGACCCGACCAGGGAAAACUAUGUACCCUAGUUAUAAACCAUAUAACCUGUUUCAGUGAGUGUUAUGACUAAUACAGUUGUACUUGUAUGACCUUCUUUGUCCCAUAGUUGUCCAUAAGGAAGGUUUUGUCCUGUUCAUUGCCAGUUCUGUUAUCCACAUGGUGUUAACCUGUCGGCUGUGGCUGGUUAUAAAGAAGUACUCACUGAUUCCUGAGGUAAGGCAUCAUUCCUUCCCUUCAGCCCUGUACUUGAUCAGGAAAUGUUGAAAGUGCAUGAAAGACAGAAAUGUAAAGGGAAGUUAGUUGUUGAAGAAGUGAACUAACUCUUUUGGUGGUAUGAUGCAGUUUCCUGGUGAAGCAAGCUAUAGUAUAGUUCCUGUUAGUAGAGGGGCUAUUGGUGACUUCGUCUGCAAUGUCGACAAAGUUGACACUAGAGCCCUCUGGAGUACAAGCCAAUUACUGCAGCCUGAUGAAACAGCAUUGUCAAGUGCAGUUCAAAGCUGUGGGAGAUUCUCAAAUGGUUUAGCUUGACUCUUCGCGUCCUCUUCUCCGUCCUCUCCUUGCCUCCUUUCGAAAAAGGUCAAAGGUAAUCGAGGAGAGGAGCGAAGGAGAGGAAACGUGGAAACAAAUGCACUUGUAUGAAAUGAACAUUUGCAAAUGACGUUUACAGGUGUGGAAUCCUAAAAUAAAUGUCUAAAGUAGAACAAAUUAAUAUAGCUAGUUGUGUGAGACAUUUUAUAGAUAAAAGGGUAAGUAGUGUGUCAUUAAUUUUUCUCCUUUGAGAAAACAACAGCUGAUUCAAAGGGGGUGUGGUGGAUUUUAAAACACUUUGCACUACACAUGAGAAUCCUUGACUGUAGGAGGCGAUUGAGGAGAGGAGCAAACUACUCCUUUCACCUAUUAACUAAUUGACACACUCCUAAAUAUGGCGACCGCUUAUCGGUUUCCAGGACACGGAGGACGGAGGAGUAGAAGAGAAGACAGAAUGUCCUUUCCUUUCACUCACACUGAUGCAUACUGCCUGAUAACUGAGCCGUGUGUGCUCCAGUCUAUUGUAUUUCCCAUGUAAAUCGUUUGAGCUAAAACAAAAAAAGCAAAAAUCAUUUUCAGUUCUUACUAUAUGGUUGAGGGACUUCAAGCACUGUUAUUCUGUGUUAGGACUCUAGGAGAAAUACCAGCAUUUUGAUUCCAACCAGAUCAGUGGUACAGGUCGUUACUGAGGGCCAGUUGAGUCAGACUUGGAAGAAGCCUCUGGCUGUGUCAGUGCCUGGGCCUCUGUCCUGGAGGAACAGCUGUUUCCUGACCCAGUCUGGGGCUGUGACCAACACACCCCUCCACGCUACACACAACUCACUAGGAGUGUAGGCUGUCAUGUUUACCACACGUGCACACACACAGAGAUUGUAGCAAGCACACACACAUUAACCGUGCUCGCACUUGGCUUGCACACUUACACUGGCACAUAUUCAUGGCAUAUGGCAUAUGGUAUAUUGUUGCCUAGCCUGAGUACCAGUAUCGUUAUCUUACAUUCCACUCCUUGUCAUUGCCAAAGAGACUGGCUUUCUGCCAUCUUCAAAUAUGAACAUUCUCGAGGAGAACAGAGGAGUUGAUCCUGAUUGAUAACCCUCACAGCUAUCCUUCAAUCACAACGAUUAUCCAAAUAUUGGAACUCGUGUAUCACCUUUUUUUUCUUCUUCACAGAACAUAUUGGUCGUUUUUUGUUUGUCCAGACAAAACCAGUCUGUCAAAAGUUGCUAGCUCACGUCUAAAUUCUCAAACUAAAUACAUACUGUAGCUAUUUCAAUUCAAAACACAAAACCUCUUUGCUUUGAUAUUAAGCCUCAAAAUACAAAAACUUGCCUAGCUAACAGCUAAAUGUUUGUUUUUGAUUCUAAUUAUAUUUUUUGGAGGAUCCACGUGUUGUCAUGGAAAAUAUUAAUGUUAUUUCCAACAACAAUGAGCAACUCCGUAAAUCCAGCUGCAUUGCCGAAAGGCCAGUCUCUUGGUCGUCACAAGUUACCACAGCCACAAAGUCAUAAACCCUGCCUAUUUCUACAAUGAUCUUCUUAAAUCUGAUUUUAAACCUAACCUUAAACCUAGCCUUAACCACAAUGCUAAUCUUAUUCCUAACCCUAACCUUAAAUGAAGACUAAAAAGUUAAUUUUUGUUUUUAUGAAUUUUUAUGAUGUAGCCCGUUCUUACUUUGUGGCUGUGGUAACUAGUGGAAACCCAGUGUCUUUGGCAAUGAUAUGGAGUUGCAAGGAGUGGAAUGUUAGAUAACAAUACUGGUUCCUGUAAGGGCUGCUGGACAUCAUUUGGAGAUGACACACUACAUACAGCAGUGGAGGCUCUUCAGAGGAGGAAACAGCUGUUCCUCCAGUAUGAACAGCUAACUGUAAGUCGCUCUGGAUAAGAGCGUCUGCUAAAUGGCUCAAACGUAAAUGUAAAAUGAAAGGGAGGACCAUCCUCCUCAGUGAAUUUCAUAUUUUUGUUAAAUAAUGAAACAUUAAAAAAGUUAUCCUUUUUAGAUAAAACUAUACUAAAUAUAUUCACAUGUUACCAAAUAAUUGAUUAAAUCACACUGUUUUGCAAUGAAGGUCUACAUUGGACUCAGCAGCACUCUGUAGGGUAGCACCACGGUGUAGACGGAGGACCGCUAGCUUCUGUCCUCCUCUGGAUAAAUUGACUUAAUUACGAAACCUAGGAGGCUCAUGGUCCUCAACCCCUUCCAUAGACGUACACAGUAAUUAUGACUACUUCCGGAGGACGUUCCUCCAAUAUGCUGUAAUAGAAAUAAGGCCAUACUCAUUUUAAAAAAAUAGAAAAUCGUCCUCCCUCAUCAUAAACAGCGAUAUGCUAUAACGGCCACCAUUGACAUUCAGUUUUAUUAUGCUGCCACUACAGUGGGGAGAACAAGUAUUUGAUACACUGCCGAUUCUGCAGGUUUUUCUACUUACAAAGCAUGUAGAGGUCUGUAAUUUUUAUCAUAGGUACACUUCAACUGUGAGAGACGGAAUCUAAAACAAAAAUGCAGAAAAUCACAUUGUAUGAUGUUUAAGUAAUUAAUUUGCAUUUUAUUGCAUGACAUAAGUAUUUGAUACAUCAGAAAAUCAGAACUUAAUAUUUGGUACAGAAACCUUUGUUUGCAAUUACAGAGAUCAUACGUUUCCUGUAGGUCUUAACCAGGUUUGCACACACUGCAGCAGGGAUUUUGGCCCACUCCUCCAUACAGACCUUCUCCAGAUCCUUCAGGUUUCGGGGCUGUCGCUGGGCAAUACGGACUUUCAGCUCCCUCCAAAGAUGUUCUAUUGGGUUCAGGUCUGGAGACUGGCUAGGCCACUCCAGGACCUUGAGAUGCUUCUUACGGAGCCACUCCUUAGUUGCCCUGGCUGUGUGUUUUGGGUCGUUGUCAUGCUGGAAGACCCAGCCACGACCCAUCUUCAAUGCUCUUACUGAGGGAAGGAGGUUGUUGGCCAAGAUCUCACGAUACAUGGCCCCAUCCAUCCUCCCCUCAAUACGGUGCAGUCGUCCUGUCCCCUUUGCAGAAAAGCAUCCCCAAAGAAUGAUGUUUCCACCUCCAUGCUUCACGGUUGGGAUGGUGUUCUUGGGGUUGUACUCAUCCUUCUUUUUCCUCCAAACACGGCGAGUUUAGACCAAAAAGCUCUAUUUUUGUCUCAUCAGACCACAUGACCUUCUCCCAUUCCUCCUCUGGAUCAUCCAGAUGGUCAUUGGCAAACUUCAGACGGGCCUGGACAUGCGCUGGCUUGAGCAGGGGGACCUUGCGUGCGCUGCAGGAUUUUAAUCCAUGACGGUGUAGUGUGUUACUAAUGGUUUUCUUUGAGACUGUGGUCCCAGCUCUCUUCAGGUCAUUGACCAGGUCCUGCCGUGUAGUUCUGGGCUGAUCCCUCACCUUCCUCAUGAUCAUUGAUGCCCCACAAGGUGAGAUCUUGCAUGGAGCCCCAGACCGAGGGUGAUUGACCGUCAUCUUUUCUAUUAAUUGCGCCAACAGUUGUUGCCUUCUCACCAAGCUGCUUGCCUAUUGUCCUGUAGCCCAUCCCAGCCUUGUGCAGGUCUACAAUUUUAUCCCUGAUGUCCUUACACAGCUCUCUGGUCUUGGCUAUUGUGGAGAGGUUGGAGUCUGUUUGAUUGAGUGUGUGGACAAGUGUCUUUUAUACAGGUAACAAGUUCAAACAGGUGCAGUUAAUACAGGUAAUGAGUGAAGAACAGGAGGGCUUCUUAAAGAAAAACUAACAGGUCUGUGAGAGCCGGAAUUCUUACUGGUUGGUAGGUGAUCAAAUACUUGUGUCAUGCAAUAAAAUGCAAAUUAAUUACUUAAAAAUCAUACAAUGUGAUUUUCUGGAUUUUUGUUUUAGAUUCCGUCUCUCACAGUUGAAGUGUACCUAUGAUAAAAAUUACAGACCUCUACAUGCUUUGUAAGUAGGAAAACCUGCAAAAUCAGCAGUGUAUCAAAUAAUUGUUCUCCCCACUGUAUGUCAUACACUUGUUUUAGGUGUUGGCUAAUAGUUGAAUAUGGAGCUUGUAAUCGUUUGUCAUGAUAACCUGCUGUGGGCAUUUUAGGGUGGGACCACUAAAUAGAGUGAAUGCUGUUGCUUGAGACACGUGCUGCCAGUGAUCUGCAGCAUAAAUAGUAUUUGUGGAAGGAUGUGGCUGAAACUGUUUUUACACCAGCUGCAAUGUGUUACUGAUGUCUCAUCUGGAGAGUUUCUCAGAAGGGGCUUAAUUAAGACUGCUCAUUGUGUUCGUCAUACUAGCUAUAUUAAAUGUUUUAAUUGUUCAAGUUAUAAAGUAGGCCAUUACAAUCACAUUGUACAGUUACACAGUAGUUAAGUACACAAUAUUAUUUUUUCUUAUUGCAAUCUUUCUCUAUCAAAUCGCUCUUUAUUUUUUCACACACAGGACGUGAAAUCUUUCUACUGGAAAAUCCGUUGCUUGGUCCUCAACAUAGCUUUCUGCUGCUUGGCUGCUUACUUUUACUGGAAACACAACAUGUACUGUGAACCAGGGAGUAAGUAUAUUGUAGCAUCAGUACAUUAAAGGUCAUGAGCAGUCAUUCUGAAAAGAACUUUUUCUCUCAUGGCUAACUACCAUGAAGUUGGAAAAGACAGGCACAUUUGGUGAUACACAAAGCAACUCAAACAUCAUUGAAAUUGUAUCAAAUAUAUAUUUUUUAUAUAUACUGUAUAUAUACAGUACCAGUCAAAAGUUUGGACACACCUACUCAUUCAAUGUUUUUUCUUUAUUUUUACUAUUUUCUACAUUGUAGAAUAAUAGUGAAGUCAUCAAAACUAUGAAAUAACACAUAUGGAAUCAUGUAGUACCAAAAAAGUGUUAAACAAAUCAAAAUAUAAUUUAUAUUUGAGAUUCUUCAGAUAACCACCCUUUGCCUUGAUGACAGCUUUGCACACUCUUGGCAUUCUCUCAACCAGUUUCACCUGGAAUGCUUUUCCAACAGUCUUGAAGGAGUUCCCACAUAUGCUGAGCACUUGUUGGCUGCUUUUCCAUCACUCUACUGUCCGACUCAUCCCAAACCAUCUGAAUUGGGUUGAGGUUGAGGGAUUGUGGAGGCCAGGUCAUCUGAUGGAGCACUCCAUCACUCUCCUUCUUGGCCAAAUAGCCCUUACACAGCCUGGAGGUAGCCAUGCUGGUUACGUGUGCCUUGAAUUCUAUAUAAAUCACAGACAGUGUCACCAGCAAAGCACCCCACCCCAUAACACCUCCUCCUCCAUGCUUUACGGUGGGAAAUACACAUGCAGAGAUCAUCCGUUCACCCACACUGUGUCUCACAAAGACACGGCAAUUGGAACCAAAAAUCUCCAAUUUGGACUCCAGACCAAAGGACACAUUUCCACCAGUCUAAUGUCCAUUGCUCGUAUUUCUUGGAUCAAGCAGGUCUCUUCUUAUUAUUGGUGUCCUUUAGUAGUGGUUUCUUUGCAGCAAUUUGACCAUGAAGGCCUGAUUCACACAGUCCCCUCGGAACAGUUGAUGUUGAGAUCUGUCUGUGACUUGAACUCUGUGAAGCAUAUUUUGGGCUGCAAUUUCUGAGGUUGGUAACUCUAAUGAACUUAUCCUCUGCAGCAGAGGUAACUCUGGGUCUUCCAUUCCCGUGGCGGUCCUCAUGAGAGCCAGUUUCAUCAUAGCGCUUGAUGGUUUUUGUGACUGCACUUGAAGAAACUUUCAAAGUUCUUGAAGUUUUCAUGAUUGACUGACCUUCAUGUCUUAAAGUAAAGAUGGACUGUCGUUUCUCUUUGCUUAUUUGAGCUGUUCUUGCCAUAAUAUGGACUUGGUAUAUUACCAAAUAAGGCUAUCUUCUGUAUACCACCCCUACCUUGUCACAACACAACUGAUUGCCUCAUACACAUUAAGAAGGACAGAAAUUCGACAAAUUAGCUAUUAAGAAGGCACACCUGUUAAUUGAAAUGCAUUCCAGGUGACUACCUCAUGAAGCUGGUUGAGAGAAUGCCUAGAGUGUGCAAAGCUGUCAUCAAGGCAAAGGGUGGCUACUUUGAAGAAUCUCAAAUAUAAAAUAUAUUUUGAUUUGUUUAACACUUUUUUGGUUACUACAUGAUUCCAUAUGUGUUGUUUCAUAGUUUUGAUGUCUUCACCAUUAUUCUAUAAUGUAAAAAAUAGUAAAAAUCUAGAAAAACCCUUGAAUGAGUAGGUGUGUCCAAACUUUUGACUGGUAGUGUAUAUAUACAUCUACCGUUUGGCAUGGAUCUUGUGAUGCAGUUCACAGCAGCACUGAUGGAUGUGUUGACUUGACAACUGCAUCGGAGUUUUGAACGACCCAUCCCCCCGUUUUGUUCCAUGCUGGCUGAACACCUAGCUAGCCAGUAACUAGUAACUAGCUAACACCAGACACAGAUGAAAGGGGAAACAUUUAAAGAUUGUUGCCAUAGAUGAAUAGGGUGAACUUUUAAUUACAGUCAAAUUUUGGCACCAGGAGAUAGCUCUCUAGCUAUAUAAACCACGCCUCUCUGCAAACACAAACACGCCUGAUGUUGGUUACAAGGCGGUACUUAUUUAGAUUAGGUAAGAGAAUAUCAUGUUAUCAUUGGUGUAUUAAAAUGAAAGUUAUGGUGAUGUCACCUUGUCUCCUUAAUAAUGAAUCCAAGUGUUUGACAUGGGGUAGGGGACCAGUAACUGUAUGAUCAAACUUUGUCAAUGUAGAAGCAACAGUCAUUUUUCAUACUUUGGUGAUCAUACUUUGAUCUGGUUUCCUUCAGAUAUCAGCAAUUUUCCAUGAAAAACAUGAUUUUGACUGUUCAUAACCAUUAUACGAUACAAAAGUGUAUUUUAAUUUUACAUUGUUUGUUGAAGUGUUCAUAAUAUUCUCCUGUCUUUCCUAACCUCCACAGGCUACACCUUUUUCGCCCUCUUUGAGUAUUGUGUGGUGUUCUCCAACAUGGCCUUCCACCUAACCGCCUUCUGGGACUUUAAGAGCAGAGAGAUGGUGGUCAUCUCACCAGAGGAGGGUAAAGACUUCUGACUGGGAAACAGAGGGUCAGGUGACAGGUGUUCAACCACUCAGAACACACCUAGCGGAGAUGACGCUGUUGCAGAGGAGGAGGAGCAGGAAGAAAGCGCCUUCUUCCAUAUAUUUACAUGAUGUCAUAACUGUAAAUAAUAACUUUAUUUAUCUGGAAGUCAAUUCUACUGUACUAACAUUUUGAUCAUGUUGAUAUUUAACAUACAGUAUUAUAAAUGACAGACUUAGAGUGCUCUAUGAUUUGGGACAGUGGGGCCACUUCGACUUGAUCGCCUUGACUUUAUGAGUAUGUCUUUCUUUAGUCAUGCUCACAUGUCUAGUACUUGUCACUUGUGAACUUUGGGAAAUGCUGACUGUCUUCAGCUCUUUGUAGAAAGUCGUUUCUAAUGCAUCACGAACUGUGGACAAACGCAAAUGUGAUAUUGUAUAUUCUCAGGUAGAGAGGGACAUCUUAAAAGUAUUAAUGGUCUAAUAGUGAUUUCUUUACCAUAACAUACUUAUGCUUAGUGAGUCAGUCAGUCAGUGAGGUCCACAACCUAAAUUAAGGAAGUUACAAAUAAAUGUACUUCCUCAUUUGUAAAGACAGAAAGAGAGAGAGAGCAAGAGAGACGGAGAAUGAAAUGGAGAGGUUGAUCCAGAUAGUACUAGAUUGGGUGUUGUAUACAGUAACAUACAGUAUAUA